UUGCACGGUCUUUACGGCCUUUACGACGUAAACAGUCACAGUGUCAGCAGGUGUUUGGUUGGGGACGUUUCUGUUAAGUUUCUUGUUUUAUUAGUAGUUGUAACAUAGAUAUCUUAGUAGCCAUGCCUAGCAAACAGAGGAUGCGAUUGGCAAAUGAGAAGCACAGCAAAAAUGUCACACAGCGAGGGCAAGUUGCUAAAUCUUUGAGGCCGCAAGAUGAGAAGUACCCAGUUGGACCAUGGCUACUUGCUUUGUUCAUCUUCGUUGUCUGUGGAUCAGCUGUCUUUCAAAUAAUCCAGAGCAUUAGGUACGCGUAGUGCCUACAAUCAACAAGGGUCAACGAUUCAGACGGGCUCGACUACAACCUGAUCUUUUCUACACGGUGUGCCAGCUGACUGAGAUUCCAACUUACUGCCUGAGGAACAAGUCUAUGUCAAAGGCAUUUGCUUGCUCAAAAACAUGUGCAGUGUAAUAAGACUACAGAAGUGUGGCUUGAAUUACAAACGUUUCAUUAUUGGUAUUUUGGUAAAUAUUAAACGGCUAUUUGACCAGUAGGUGCUAGACAUUCCAUGGUUUAGGUGGUAUAAACUUGUAUCAGUUUAGAAUGUUUAUGAUAUUGAACACUAACAUCGAGAGGAAAGCUGGAUCUAUGCAUCAUAGUGAUGUGCUUGUUCUCAAAGCACUAUAAAAUGGUAAUGGAAUGCUGAAUAGAUUGUCACUGGUAAUAUUUAUUUGAGGUUACUAGACUAACUGCAUGUGUAUUAUUGAAGCUGUUUCAUUAUGGCAUGAGUGUGUGAAAGUACACAGUCCAUGAUUUCCCAGUAUUUAUUAAUAUUGACCACAUGCAGAAUUGUAAAUUUAAUUCUCUUUGUACUGCAGGUUUUACAGUGAUACGUUUGUAUUGAUGUAAUCAGGUUGCAAAUUGUGAACGAAAUAUGCAGAGGAUUGCAGUCUCAUUAUCAGGAAUAAAGUUUUCUUCGUUUAAUAUUAAUUCUGUCAAGAACUGUU